AUGAGUAAUAAUGACCCUUUGUUAGCAAACUUGAAUGCAUUCAAAAGUAAAGUCAAAUCUGCCCCAAUAAUACCUUUGAAAAGAUCUAAUUCAAAUUUAAAUAGUACAUCUUCCUCAGCUAAUACAAGUCCCAAGAAAAAUAAAAAAGUUUCAAAUCCAAAUUCUAAUAAAAGUAGUCCCUCAAAGAAAAAACAAAAAUCAAAUAAUAUAAAUUCUACUUCUAAAAAUAAUUUAGAUCAAUCAUUAGAAAAUGAUAGUCAAUCCAAGAUUAAAACUGAAAAUGGGAUCAAUGAAGAUGAAGAUGAAGAGGAAGAAGAAGAAGAAGAGGAAGAUGAAGAAGACGACGAUGAUGAAUCCAUUAAAAAAGUUAGACCAGGCUCUAUUGCUGCUCAAGCUUUACAAAUAGGACAAAAUAAUAUUUCCAAGAGUCAUGAUUCAUCUAAAUUAUUAUGGGCUACGGAAUAUAUUCAGAAGAAAGGGAAACCUGUUCUUCUAAAUGAAUUAACUGAUUAUAUUUCAAUUAAAAAAGAUGAUAAAAUUAUUGAUUUAUUAAAAAAAUUGGAAAAAAUUCAUUUUGAUCCCAAAAAAAAUUCUUUUAAAUAUAUUUCUACAUAUGAUGUUCAUUCACCACAAGAAUUAUUAAAUCUACUAAGAAAACAAGUCACUUUUAAAGGUAUAUCAUGUAAAGAAUUAAAAGAUGGUUGGCCACAAUGUGAUGAAACAAUUAAUAGUUUAGAAGAGGAUUCUAAAAUCCUGGUUUUAAGAACCAAAAAAGAUAAAACGCCAAGAUAUGUUUGGUAUAAUAAUGGUGGGGAUUUACAUAGAAUUGAUGAGGAUUUCAUCAAUAUGUGGGAGAAUGUUCAACUACCACAAUUUGCAGAACUACCAAGAAAAUUACAAGAAUUAGGUUUGAAACCUGCAUCUGUUGAUCCUGCCACAAUUAAGAGAUCUACAAAGACAGUUGAAGUUAAGAAGAAGAAACAAAGAAGAGGUAAGAUUACAAAUACUCAUAUGACUGGUAUAUUAAAAGAUUAUUCAAAUCGUGUAUAA